CAAGUCCGCCAUAUUGGAUCCACGCUGGAAGUUGCCGGCUGGCAAUAACAUAAUUUUCUGAGGAACAAAUACACAAUAAAGAAAAGUUGCAGGUGGUUGGAUUGCAGAAUGUUAACAAAGUUUGAAACGAAGUCAGCCAGGGUGAAAGGAAUAUCCUUUCACCCAAAGCGGCCAUGGAUCUUGUCCAGUUUACACAAUGGAGUGAUCCAACUGUGGGACUACAGAAUGUGUACACUGAUCGACAAGUUUGAUGAACAUGAUGGCCCUGUUCGAGGAAUCUGUUUCCAUAACCAGCAGCCUCUGUUUGUCUCUGGUGGAGAUGAUUACAAAAUUAAGGUGUGGAAUUAUAAACAGAGAAGGUGUCUUUUCACAUUACUUGGACAUCUGGAUUACAUUAGAACAACUUUCUUUCAUCACGAAUAUCCAUGGAUUCUCAGUGCAUCAGAUGACCAGACGAUACGUAUCUGGAACUGGCAGUCAAGAAACUGUGUGUGUGUGUUAACAGGCCACAGUCAUUAUGUGAUGUGUGCCCAGUUUCACCCCAGUGAAGACUUGGUAGUCUCUGCCUCUCUGGAUCAGUCCGUGAGAGUGUGGGACAUUUCAGGUUUGCGUAAGAAGAACGUAGCCCCAGGACCUGGAGGUCUAGAAGAUAGGCUGCGAAACCCCAACCAGACUGACCUGUUUGGGACGUCUGACGCCAUAGUGAAGCAUGUGCUCGAGGGGCACGAUAGGGGCGUCAACUGGGUCUCCUUUCACCCCACACUCCCUCUCAUUGUCUCGGGAGCUGAUGAUAGACAGAUUAAACUGUGGAGGAUGAAUGAGUCCAAGGCAUGGGAGGUGGACACCUGCCGUGGUCACUACAACAAUGUGUCCUGUGUCCAGUUCCAUCCCAGACAGGAGCUGAUACUCAGCAACUCUGAGGACAAGAGCAUCCGUGUAUGGGACAUGUCUAAAAGGACUGGAGUGCAGACAUUCCGCCGUGAGCAUGACAGGUUCUGGGUGCUGGGGGCACACCCAAGCCUCAACAUCUUUGCAGCAGGACACGACAGCGGCAUGCUCAUCUUCAAACUGGAACGCGAACGCCCUGCCUACGCAGUGUACCAAAACACACUGUUCUAUGUCAAGGAGCGAUUCCUGCGCAAGUUGGAUUUCACGACUUCCAAAGAUGUGGCUGUGAUGCAGUUGAGGGGAGGCUCUAGGACCCCUGUGUACAGCAUGUCCUACAACCCUGCAGAGAACUCAGUCCUCCUCUGUACGAGAGCGUCCAAUGUGGAGAACAGCACCUAUGACCUGUAUGUUAUCCCCAAGGAUUCCGACUCACAGAACCCAGAUGCUCCAGAAGGGAAGAGGUCUUCAGGACUGUCAGCUGUCUGGGUGGCUAGGAACAGGUUUGCUGUGCUGGACAGGUCCCAUACUAUUGUGUUGAAGAACUUAAAGAAUGAGAUCACUAAGAAGACCCAGGCUCAGAAUGCAGAGGACAUCUUCUAUGCAGGGACAGGCUGCUUGUUGAUUAAGGAUCAAGAUGGGGUCACCCUCUUUGAUGUGCAGCAGAAGAGAACCCUGGCCACAGUGAAGUUAUCCAAGGUGAAAUAUGUAGUAUGGUCCAGUGAUAUGUCCCAUGUGGCUUUACUCAGCAAACAUGCCAUUGCUAUCUGCAACAGGAAGCUAGACAACCUGUGUACCAUCCAUGAGAACAUCCGUGUGAAGAGUGGGGCCUGGGACGAGAGUGGGGUGUUUGUCUACACAACUAGUAACCACAUCAAAUAUGCACUGGUCAAUGGUGACCAUGGCAUCAUCCGCACCCUGGACCUCCCUAUCUACAUCACCCGUAUCAAGGGGAACAGUGUCUACUGCCUGGACAGAGAGUGCAGACCCAGGGUGCUGGGCAUUGACCCCACUGAGUUCAAGUUUAAACUGGCGCUGGUCAACAGGAAGUAUGAUGAGGUCCUGCACAUGGUGCGUAACGCCAAGCUGGUAGGCCAGUCCAUCAUAGCGUACCUGCAGAAAAAGGGCUACCCUGAGGUGGCGCUCCACUUUGUGAAGGACGAGAGGACGCGCUUUGGGCUGGCGCUGGAGUGUGGAAACAUUGAGAUUGCUCUAGAAGCAGCCAGGGCACUGGACGAUAAGAAUUGCUGGGAGAAAUUAGGCGAGGUUGCUCUGCUACAGGGGAAUCAUCAGAUUGUAGAAAUGGCGUACCAGCGAACCAAGAACUUCGACAAACUGUCUUUCCUGUAUCUCAUCACUGGAAACCUGGAGAAGCUGAGGAAGAUGAUGAAGAUUGCUGAGAUCAGAAAGGACACCAGUGGUCACUUCCAGACUGCCCUCUACCUUGGGGAUGUCAACGAGAGGGUCAAGAUUCUCAAGGGAUGUGGACAAAAAUCCCUGGCUUACUUGACUGCAGCCACUCAUGGCCUAGAAGAAGAAGCAGCUGAACUGAGAGAGACCUUUGACCCUGAAAAGGACAAGUUACCUGAGGUGUACCCCAAUGCGGCCCUCCUCCAGCCCCCAUGUCCUAUCACACAGCAGGAGUCUAACUGGCCCCUCCUCACUGUCACCAAGGGGUUCUUUGAGGGGGCCAUGGCUGCUAAAGCAGGCAAGGCUGCCAGUGGCGGUGUAUCCAUGAUGGCUGCUGAUGAGACAGAGGAAGCAGGAUGGGGAGAAGACGCAGAACUGGUGCUUGAUGAUGAUGGUUUUGGCCCCCCUGGCGAGGGUAUGGAUGACAUCAUUCCAGGUGGAGAGGAAGGCGGUGGCUGGGACGUGGGAGACGAUGACUUGGAGCUACCCGCUGACCUGGAGGUGGGUCCUGUCACAGAAGCUGGAGAGGAAGGAUAUUUUGUACCUCCCACCAAGGGUACCAGCCAGGCCCAGGUGUGGUGUAACAACUCCCAACUGCCAGUGGAUCACCUGCUGGCAGGCUCCUUUGAGACGGCUAUGAGGCUGCUCCAUGACCAGAUAGGUGUUGUUUCCUUUGAUGAGUACAAACAGAUCUUCCUCCAGACCUACUCCAGGUCCAGAUCAAUGUACCUGGGCCUGCCUUCCCUACCACCACUGUAUGGAUAUCCACAUAGGAACUGGAAAGAAGCAGGUGCCAGGAAUGGACUGCCUGCCUGUGGUCUGAAGCUGGCCAGCUUGGUCCAGCGACUGCAGACAGCAUACCAGAUGACCACCCAGGGCAAGUUUGCUGAGGCCGUGGACAGAUUUAGGUCCAUACUGCUCAGUGUGCCUCUACUGGUGGUGGAUACAAAACAGGAGAUCACAGAGGCCCAGCAAUUGAUAGAGAUCUGUAGAGAAUAUAUAGUAGGACUUAGUAUGGAACUGAAGAGAAAAGAAAUGCCAAAAGAAAAUUUAGAACAACAAAAGAGACUUUGUGAGAUGGCUGCAUAUUUCACCCACUGCAACCUUCAACCAGUCCAUCUCAUCUUGACACUGAGGACAGCGCUCAAUUUGUUCUUCAAGUUGAAAAAUUAUAAAACUGCCGCCAGUUUUGCCAGGAGACUGUUAGAGCUUGGUCCCAAGCCAGAUGUAGCUCAGCAGACAAGAAAAAUUCUCCAGGCUUGUGAAAAGAAUCCAACAGACACUCACGAACUUAAAUAUGAUCAGCACAAUCCCUUUGACAUUUGUGCAGCAACAUACACUGCUAUCUACAGAGGUAAGCCAGUGGCUAAGUGUCCCCUCAGUGGUGCCUGUUACCUGCCAGAGUACAAAGGACAGGUGUGCAGGGUAACACAGGUGACAGAGAUUGGAAAAGACUGCAUAGGGCUCAGAAUAAGUCAGCUUCAGUUUAGAUAAUGCUGAUACAGUGAUUGG